UAAUUCUUAAGAGCAACAAUGUUUAUCAAAGAACUUCUAAGGCGAAACCAAUCCACGGUGUUCAGAAGAUUGUCAACACUGGUGAAACCAUUUCCUGUGUUGGAGGACACUGUUGAUUCUUCAUGUCCUCAGCUGGCAGCAGGCAAGAGGAAGGCAGAAGAGCAGUUAAUUCAACUUCAGCAGCUCAGUAAAAUCUGUCUUGCAGGAGGUGGUGAGAAGGGUAUAGCCUUACAUGUUAAGAGAAAUCGAAAAAUGCUGGUGCGAGAUAAAUUAAAACUUCUUCUUGAUGAUGAGGAUGACUUCCUGGAGCUGUCACUGCUUGCUGGUCUUAAUAUGGAGUAUGGAGAUAUUCCUGCAGCAGGCCUUGUUAAUGGCAUUGGAAAAAUCCAAGGGAGAUACUGUACAGUAACAUGCAAUGAUGGAACUGUCACAAGUGGGACUUUCUAUCCUAUCACCGUUACAAAAAGCCUUCGCUCACAAACAAUUAGUGCUAUGAAUCGUCUUCCUUGUGUAUACAUUGUAGAUUCUGCUGGUGGAUUUCUACCUUUACAAUCAGAGUUUUUUGCUGAUAAAAAUCAUGGUGGUCGUGGUUUCCA